AGGCCUUGUGUUUCCUCUGUGGCGCCGCCAUGGCAUCUCUCGAGGCCAAUGUGGUCUUGUGCAGCGCGGCCGUCAGUGCCUGUGGUACCGGGCAGGACUGGCAAUGCGCCCUGCAUCUCUUCAGCACCUUGGCAGAGCGGCGUGUCGAGGCGAAUUUGAUCACUUUCAGUGCCGCGGUGAGCGCCUGCGAAGAAGGCCGCGCCUGGCGCGAAGCACUGGAGCUCCUGCGCCAGAUGACGACCGGAGCAGUGCAGCGGGAUGUGAUCCUCUACAACUGCAUCAUCAGUGCCUGUGAAAAGCAGGGGAAAUGGCAACAUGCUCUGCUUCUCUUGGCCAAAAUGGAGGAGGACCUGAGAGCUGAUGUGAUCUCCUACAACGCAAGCAUUUCGGCAUGUGAGAAGGGAAACCAGUGGCAUCGAGCAGUCGACCUUCUGCUCCAACUGCGGCAAAAGCGGUUGCAGGAAGACGCUACAGCUCGGCCAUAUUGGCCUGCGACCAAGCUGGUGAAUGGCAGCAAGCCUUGCUUCUCUUGACUGACAUUCAGCAGAGGCGCUUGCAGGUCAAUGUGAUUACCUACAGCUCAGCAAUCCACGCCUGUGAGACGCGCGGCAAGUGGCGACAAGCACUGUCCCUCUUGGAGGAUCUCUUGGGCUGCUGUAGCGCCUUACAAUGGGCGGUGAACUCGAACCCGCGAAGACGAAAAGACGAAA